GUGCGACCUGUCAAGCACUUCAACGACAAGCUUUUGCUGGGUGAAAAAAAAUCGUGAUUUCCACUUAUGUGCAGCGACUAAAGGUUAAAGUACAAAAUCCCCCUAUUGCCUCUGAGGUUACAUUUUAAUCGAAUUUAACAAGUGUUGGAUCACACGCUGCUCUGGAUUGGUCCAGUUAAGGGAGAUACCCGGAUUUGGGGCGGACGGUGCGCUCUCCAGUGAAAGAAGUCGGUAUGGAUGUCUUAACAGACUCGGACGUGAAAAAGUACCAGGAUGAUGGCUACCUGGUCCUGGAGGGCUUCCUGACGGAGGCGGAGUGUGAUGCUCUGCGGGUGAGAAUGAAGGAUAUCGUGGAAGACAUGGACGUUCCACCACACUGCCGUAUACAGUUCUCCACCAAUCAGGAGGAGCAGCUCAAAUCCCAGAUGCAGGGAAGUGCUGACUAUUUCAUCACAAGUGGAGAUAAAAUCCGCUUCUUCUUCGAGAAAGGAGUGUUUGAUGACAAAGGUGAAUUUAUCGUCCCAAAAGAACGUUCCAUCAACAAGGUUGGCCAUGCCCUGCAUGCUUAUGAGCCGCUGUACAAAAGCAUCACCUAUUCAGACAAAGUUCAGGGUUUGGCAAAGAAGUUAGGGCUGGCGAGUCCCGUCAUCCUGCAGAGCAUGUACAUAUUCAAGCAACCAGGCAUUGGAGGAGAGGUGACGCCACACCAGGAUGCCACGUUCCUGUACACUGAGCCACUGGGCCGGGUCAUGGGUCUGUGGAUUGCUCUGGAGGACGCUACACUUGAGAAUGGCUGCCUGUGGUUUAUCCCGGGAUCACAUUCGACUGGCAUCAGCCGGAGGAUGGUACGGACUCCAAAAGGCACGUUUCCUCUGACUGAUUUUGUGGGGCGCGAGCAGGAGUAUGAGGACAAGCUGUUUGUUCCUGCACCCAUCAAGAAAGGUGGCUUAGUUGUGAUUCAUGGGGAGGUGGUGCACCGCAGUGCUCAGAACUGCUCCUCUGACUCGCGUCAUGUCUACACUUUCCACAUCAUGGAUUCUCAUGACACCCUCUGGAGCCCCGAGAACUGGUUACAGCCGACAGAGGAGCUGCCGUUCCCCUCACUCUACGCUUAAUGAUUCCCUAAUGACGUAACUGUUACAGCACACAACCUCAGUGCACUCGCUUUUCCAACCUCACAUCACCUUACCACUAACAAAAUGACACACAGACAACAGCAGGCUGCCUCACAGAGAGCCAUCGAACAGUUAUACUCAAUAGUAAUCCUCUGUGGAUUAUAAUGUGUGAAUAAAAGAUGCUUUGUUUGAGAAA